GUGACCCGGAAGCAGAAGUGACUUCCACCGGCGGAGUGCUGGAGAGCGGCAGCAGGGACCACAGCGGCAGAAGCAGCAAUUUAUCCGUGUGCAGCCCCAAACUGGAAAGAAGAUGCUAAUUAAAGUGAAGACGCUGACCGGAAAGGAGAUUGAGAUUGACAUUGAGCCCACAGACAAGGUGGAGCGAAUCAAGGAGCGUGUAGAGGAAAAAGAAGGAAUCCCCCCACAACAGCAGCGGCUCAUCUAUAGUGGCAAACAGAUGAAUGAUGAAAAGACAGCAGCUGAUUACAAAAUCUUAGGUGGUUCAGUCCUCCACCUGGUGUUGGCUCUGAGAGGAGGAGAUGGUCUUAGGCAGUGAUAGGCCCUCACUCCAUUUCACCUCCUUACCCUGUCUCUCAUAAUGAGGCAUCAUAUAUCCUCUUACUUUCUGGGACACCAGAGCCACCACCCCCUCCCCUGGAUGCCUAGUGUUGUGUGUCUACUGGUGGGAGACUAUGAGGACCCCAGGAUGCAGUGUUCCUGGCCCCCAGCGCCCUUUCUGGCUAUUGGGUUUUAGUUUGCAGUCAUGUGUGUUUCCCUCUCUUAUGGCUAUGUCCCUGGUUGUCAAUAAAAUAUUUCUUGGCCUCCUGGAA